CAUUUUGUGGGGUAGUGAUAAAAAUAAAAGAAAAAAUCACUAAUCGAACACUUACACCACAUAUCGCCGCAGCAAGUUAACGAGAACGGCAGAAAUUAACACUUUGUAACUUUUCGGGAUCUAUUCUUAUUUCAGUGAAAAAUUUUAACACAUUGUGGAUAACAACACGUGCAUAUAUUAUUUUGAGCCGUUUUGAUACAAAACAAAGGAGUAGCCAUUGUGUCACUAAACAAAUUCAGAGAACGAAUGCAGAAAAACACAUUACUCUUCAACAUAAUGUACUAUAAUUUCCAGUUCAUCUUUGCAGCGGUGGUGGUCGUUGCCAAUGCAGGCAUUCACUCAGUUGCACCAGCGGCGUAUGUCGCACCUGGUGUAGCGUCGGCGGCGUAUGUGGCACCAGCUGUGGCACCGGCAGCGUACGUUGCGUCUCCCGUAGCGUCUUAUGCGUCUGCAGCAUACGUAGCCCCUGUUGCGGCAUCUGCGGCAUACGUCGCGCCGUACGCAUCUUCAUAUUCCGCCCACACAGUGAACCACGCCGUUGCGGCUCCCCUUCUUGCGCCUGCUCAAGUUUUUGCCGGGAAAUACGUAUCAGCACCUGUGCUGUUAAAGUAAACCGUGUAAUAUCUGCUACUGAAUGAUGACAAAUGAACUAUUUUAUUAUUA